GCUUCAUAUAAAGCCAUCUACCGCAGAGCCAGCGUUCUAUCGUUUCGGUUUACUGCGCUGGAUAAGUAUCCCACAGACGAUGAAGGUUGCCCUUUGCCUGCUUGCCGUGGUGGCCGUCGGCCUGGCCAGGCCACAAAACUACGUCCAAGAGGACUUUAACAAGGUGUACCAGACCGCCCUGCAGCGGGGCUUCGUCCGGCCGGACGAGACCCUGCUGACCGGACCGGUGCCCGUCCCGCUUGUCAACCAGCUCGAGAACGUCCCGUUUGAUCAGCCCGUUGCGAUCAACCAAUUCGUCCAGCUGGUCCCGAAUGCGCCCGAGGUGUUCCCGCCGCUGCAGCGCAGCGUGGAUGACGCGCUCGUCCGUGCCCGAAAUACUCCCUUAACCCCGCACGAGCGAGUGUUUUAGUUUCGCAAGGAUAUAUUUGACAUCUGCAAACCGUUACCAGGACAACGAGAUGGACCAAUUCAACUGAAUUAAGCAGCAUUACCCACACAACUCUCACCCGUUCACCAUCGUGCAAUGGUGUGCGCUGUGUUGGUGUGUGUCUAACGUGUGGAUAUUACUAUUCUUAAGAGCAUUAGAACUUUAAAUUGCUGGCUUCUUCUACCGGACUAUUUCCGGUACAAAACAGAGAGAGAGAGAGAGAGAGAGAGAGAGAGAGAGGAGAAAAAACAAAACCAAGUGAAGCCGAACCCAAGGGCCCAAUGCACCUCUCUGGAAAACAUCUCGCGCAGGGCGCAUUCAAGUGCAACGACAUCUCGGUACGAGCGCGCCGCUGUGCUGUGCGUUUGGGCUUUGGUCGGUUGUGUUCACUGGAUAGCAUCAAAGAUACUAGCAGGGAAAAUAAAUGUAUUUUAGUUGUUACUGUA